CAGCGGCGGCCGCGGUGCCCGGCAGCGAUGGCGGCCCCGGACAGCUGCGUCAAGGUGGCCGUGAGGAUCCGUCCCCAAAUGCCCAAAGAGAAAAUAGAGGGAUGUCACAUCUGCACCUCAGUGACGCCUGGUGAGCCCCAGGUGCUGCUGGGGAAGGACAAGGCCUUCACCUACGACUUUGUCUUUGACCUGGACACGUGGCAGGAACAGAUCUACACGACAUGCGUGGGCAAGCUCAUCGAAGGCUGCUUUGAGGGCUACAAUGCCACCGUGCUGGCUUAUGGGCAGACUGGUGCGGGGAAGACGUACACCAUGGGCACCGGCUUCGAUGUGAGCACCUUGGAGGAGGAGCAGGGCAUCAUCCCGCGGGCCAUCGGCCACCUCUUCAGCGGCAUCGAGGAGCGCCGGCGGGCAGCGCUGAGCCAGGGCCGGGCAGCUCCCGAGUUCAAAGUCAGCGCCCAGUUCCUGGAGCUCUACAACGAGGAGAUCCUAGACCUGUUCGACAGCUCCCGUGACCCAGAUGCACGCCACCGCAAAUCCAACAUCAAAAUCCAUGAGGAUGCCAGCGGGAGCAUCUACACCACGGGGGUCACGUCGCGCCUCAUCAGCUCACAGGACGAGCUGAUCCAGUGCCUAAAGCAGGGGGCUCUUUCCCGCACCACUGCCAGCACCCAGAUGAAUGUGCAGAGCUCCCGCUCCCAUGCCAUCUUCACCAUCCACCUCUGCCAGAUGAGAGUGUGCACCCGCCCAGACCUGGUGAAUGGGGAGGUGACCACCCUCCUGGAGGGAGCCCAGACCACCACUGAGUACGAGACCCUCACGGCCAAGUUUCACUUCGUAGACCUGGCUGGGUCGGAGAGGCUGAAGAGAACAGGGGCCACUGGCGAGAGAGCAAAGGAGGGCAUCUCCAUCAACUGCGGGCUGCUGGCUUUGGGGAACGUCAUUAGUGCCCUUGGAGACCAAAGCAAGAAAGUUGUGCAUGUGCCCUACCGCGACUCCAAGCUGACCCGCCUGCUGCAGGAUUCCCUGGGGGGCAACAGCCAAACCAUCAUGAUUGCCUGUGUGAGCCCUUCUGACCGGGACUUCAUGGAGACCCUGAACACACUCAAGUAUGCCAACCGAGCUCGCAACAUCAAGAACAAGGUGGUGGUGAACCAAGACAAGACAAGCCAGCAGAUCAGUGCCCUGCGGGCCGAGAUUGCCCGCCUGCAGAUGGAGCUGAUGGAGUACAAGGCGGGCAAGAGGAUCAUUGGGGAGGAUGGCUCAGAGGGCUACAGCGACCUUUUCCAGGAGAAUGCCAUGCUGCAGAAGGAGAACAGUGCCCUGCGCAUGCGGGUGAAGGCCAUGCAGGAGGCCAUCGAUGCCAUCAAUAGCAGGGUCACUCAUCUCAUGAGCCAGGAGGCCAAUCUGCUGCUGGCCAAGGCAGGGGACAGUAAUGAAGCCAUUGGUGCCCUCAUCCAGAACUACAUCCAUGAAAUCGAAGAGCUAAGGACGAAGCUCCUGGAGAGUGAGUCUAUGAACGAGUCUCUGCGUCGCAGCCUCUCGCGUCUCUCUGCCCGGCCCCCCUACUCCAUGGGCUCAUCCCCAGCAGCCGGCCUGGCUGGCCUCUGCAGCCCUGCAGCUCCAGCGGAGGUGGAGGCCUCUGAUGUGCUCCAACGGGCCAAGCAGGACCUGGAGCGCCUGAAGAAGAAAGAGAGGAGGCAGCAGAAGAAGAGCCCAGACAAGGAAGCAUUUAAGAAGCGACAGAAACUGCAGCAGGACAAUGGAGAGGAGACAGAUGAGAAUGAGGUGGAAGAGGAGGAGGAGGAGCAGGAUGAGAGCGGUUGUGAGGAAGAGGAGGGACAUGAGGAUGAAGAUGAGGAUUCGGGCAGUGAAGAGAGCCUGGUGGACUCGGACUCGGAUGCAGAGGAGAAGGCUGUGAAUUUCCAGGCCGACCUGGCAGAUCUGACUUGUGAGAUAGAGAUCAAGCAGAAGCUGAUUGAUGAACUGGAGAACAGCCAGCGACGCCUGCAGACCCUCAAGCACCAGUAUGAGGAGAAGCUAAUCCUGCUGCAGAACAAGAUUCGGGACACACAGCUGGAGCGGGACCGGGUCCUGCAGAACCUCAGCACAAUGGAGUGCUACACUGAGGAGAAAGCCAACAAGAUCAAAGCAGACUAUGAGAAGCGGCUGAAAGAGAUGAACCGGGACCUGCAGAAGCUCCAGGCAGCCCAGAAGGAGCAUGCUCGCCUGCUCAAGAACCAGUCCCGCUACGAGCGGGAGCUGAGGAAGCUGCAGGCAGAGGUGGCCGAGAUGAAGAAGGCAAAGGUGGCACUGAUGAAGCAGAUGCGGGAGGAGCAGCAGCGGCGGCGGCUGGUGGAGACCAAGAGGAAUCGAGAGAUUGCGCAGCUCAAGAAGGAGCAGCGGCGGCAGGAGUUUCAAAUCCGGGCUCUGGAGUCUCAGAAGCGGCAGCAGGAAAUUGUGCUGCGGAGGAAAACCCAGGAGGUUUCGGCACUGCGCCGUCUGGCCAAGCCCAUGUCAGACCGGGUGGCCGGCAGGGCCAGCCAGAAGCUAGCCACGUCCGACUCGGGCGCAGAGGUCUCAGCCAGCACCACGUCCUCUGAGCCUGAGUCCGGGGCUCGCUCUGUCUCCAGCAUUGUGCGCCAGUGGAACAGGAAGAUCAACAACUUCUUGGGUGACCCUUCAUCCUCUGUGAAUGGGGUUCGGCCUGCCAGGUCAGGGAAGAAGUUCCCCAAGAAGGGGGUGAGCCAGACCUUCAGCAAAGCUGCCCGCCUCAAGUGGCAGUCACUGGAGCGGCGCAUCUUUGACAUCGUCAUGCAGAGGAUGACCAUUGUCAACCUGGAGGCCGACAUGGAGCGGCUCAUCAAGAAACGUGAGGAGCUGGCACUGCUUCAGGAAGCAUUGCUGGACAAGAGGGUGAAACUGCAGGCAGAGAGUCCCAAGGAGCAGAAGGGGCUGCAGGAGCUGAAUGAAGAGAUUGAAGUGCUGGGAGCCAACAUUGACUACAUCAAUGACAGCAUUUCUGACUGCCAGGCCACCAUCAUGCAGAUUGAGGAGACCAAGGAGGAGCUGGACUCCACGGACACCUCAGUGGUGAUCAGCUCCUGCUCCCUGGCUGAAGCUCGGCUCCUGCUGGACAACUUCCUGAAGGCCUCCAUUGACAAGGGACUGCAGGUGGCACAGAAGGAGGCCCAGAUCCGCCUGCUGGAGGGUCGCCUGCGGCAGAUGGACGUGACUAGCUCCUCGCAGAAUCAUGCCAUCCUGGAUGCCCUGCGGGAGAAGGCUGAGUCGCAUCCUGAACUGCAGGCCCUGAUCCACAACGUUCAACAAGAGAAUGGCUACACCAGCACGGACGAAGAGGUCUCGGAGUUCAGCCUGGCUUCAGAUGGGAGCAUAUCCCAGUCUUUCACCAUGAAGGGCUCAGCAAGCCAGGAUGACUUUAAAUUCAAGGGAGAGCCCAAGCUCUCAGGGCAGAUGAAGGCAGUGUCAGCUGAGUGUCUAGGACCCAUGCUGGACGUCUCCACCAAGAACAUCACCAAGUCCUUGGCAUCCCUCAUGGAGAUCAAAGAGGAUGGGAUCAGCUUCUCCAUCCGAGACUCCUAUUAUAAGGAGAAGGUGUCACGCACUGUCAGCCUGCCCACUCGAGGAAGCACCUUUCCCAGGCAAUCUCGUGGCUCGGACAUUUUGCCUCUGACAAGGAGGAAGUCCUAUGACCGUGGGCAACCUGCCAGGCCUCCAGAUGUUGGCUUCACACCUCCUCCAUCCCCACCCACCCGUCCACGCAACGACCGCAAUGUCUUCUCUCGUCUCACGAGCAACCAGAGCCAGGGAUCUGCCUUGGAUAAGUCUGAUGACAGCGAUUCCUCUGUCUCGGAGGUGCUGAGGGGCAUCAUUAACCCGGUGGGUGGCACCAAGAAUGCCCGGACAGCGCCGCUGCAGUGUGUCUCCAUGGCAGAGGGACACACCAAGCCUGUGCUCUGCCUGGAUGCCACCGAUGAGCUGCUUUUCACUGGAUCUAAAGAUCGGAGCUGCAAAAUGUGGAACCUGGUCACAGGCCAAGAGAUUGCCUCUCUCAAGGGUCACCCAAACAACGUGGUUUCCAUCAAGUACUGCAGCCACACAGGGCUGGUGUUCACCGUGUCCACAUCGUACAUCAAGGUGUGGGACAUCCGGGACUCUGCUCGGUGCAUCCGCACCCUCACAUCUUCCGGACAGGUGAUUUCUGGGGACGCAUGUGCUGGGACCACCACCCGCAUGGUCACCAGUAUGCAGGGCGAGCACCAGAUCAACCAGAUUGCUCUCAAUCCCACUGGCACCAUGCUCUAUGCUGCUACUGGUAACUUUGUCCGCAUCUGGGAGCUGAGCAGGCUGCAGCCCAUCGGCAAGCUGAGCGGCCACAUCGGGCCUGUGAUGUGUCUCACGGUGAACCAGACAUCGAGCAACCAUGAUCUGGUGGUUACAGGCUCCAAAGACCACUACGUCAAGGUGUUUGAGAUUGCAGAGGGCACAGUGGGCAACAUUGGCCCCACUCACAACUUCGAGCCCCCUCACUACGAUGGCAUUGAGUGCUUGGCCAUCCAGGGGGACGUUCUCUUCAGUGGCUCCAGGGACAACGGCAUAAAGAAGUGGGACCUGGAGCAGCAGGAACUUAUCCAGCAAAUCCCCAAUGCCCACAAGGACUGGGUCUGUGCCCUGGCAUUCAUCCCUGGCCGCUCCAUGGUGCUGAGUGCCUGCCGAGGAGGCAUGAUCAAGGUCUGGAAUGUGGACACCUUCACCCCUGUUGGGGAGAUCAAAGGGCAUGACAGCCCCAUCAAUGCCAUCUGCACCAACUCCAAGCAUAUCUUUACUGCCUCUAGUGACUUGACAGUGAAACUCUGGAGCGGGAGGAGGUUGCCCAUGGGGUCCAACUAGGAACUGCAGAAAGACUGGAAGACACGACAGGAGGGUGAAGGUUGGGGUACCUCUGCCUUGCUCUCACGACCUGUCAUCUACAGGAGCUCAGCCCAGAGAUAGGGAUUUCUUUGUGCCUGACCCAAUGGGGUGGACAAUGUCCCAUCUGGUACUUUGAGCACUUGCAGCUCCUGGAGGAGGCAGCUCUGGGGGGCACCGUCACCUCCACCUUCCCUCCUGCUGAGGCUUCUCGAUGGUUUUCCAGUUACCAGGAAAUGUUUGGUCUCUCUUCUCACCUGCCCUGCUGCAUCACCUGCCAGGACUUCUGAGGGUCAGUCCUCCUUGGCUCCUUCUGAGAGACAUGCAAUUCCCUCCUGCCACUGUGGGCUCGUGUGGCCUCCACCAUGAUGUGCUGCUUCUCUCUGUUGGCUCCGGGUCUCGUUUCUGCAGGAGUCCUUCUCCACUCCAUGGCUGUGAGGAUGUUUGGUGUCUCCUGGCCAGGACCACAGCAUAGAGGGGCUCCUUAUUUGGAGACAUCAUUUGUGGGACAGCCUCUCUGUUGUGGGGGGUCAGCAGAAGGAAUUCCAGGUCUCCAUCCUCUGUCUUCCUGACCCCAGCAACUGGAGAUGUGCACCUUUGAGCUCCUUUGCCAUGUCCCAGCCACGGAGGCAUGGCAAGCCUGGAAGAUCUCCAUCGGGCAUCUUCCAGACAAACUCUCUGCAAUUCUUUUUGGGUCUCCAAACCCCAGUCAGCUGACCUCUCAACUGACCCUCAGCUCUUGGACUCUUCCUUGUGUGCCCAUCCUGUCCUGUGGUGGGCAGCUGUCUGGCCCUGCUCUUAACACCUUGGCCCUCAGCAGGGGUUUUGUGGUGGGUUCCUGCAGCACCUUAACCCCCUUGAGAUGGAGAAAUUAAGCAAGAACAGGAGUUGCAGGUCAACCCCACCCCUGGGCCCAUCUUCUAUUGCCAUUACUGGGAACCAGAAGCUGUAGCUCUGUCCCCAGGCUCUGCUCAGCCCCCUUGGGGGACCUCGCUUGGGUCCAGCCCAUUGUGGAGCUGGAGGUGUCCAGUGAGGUGCGGAGCAGCCAGAGCACAGGUUGGAAUGGAGUCGGAUGUGCCAGGAGUGGGGUGAGGAAUGGGUUGCACACACUGAUGUCACACAAGUCCCCUGAUUCACCCCAUGCUUGAAGGACAGUCCUGCAGUGGAUGAUCUUGCACAAUCCAACCUCCAUGAAAAGCUGGGGGCUCUGUCCAGGAAUGCGACCCCAAGGACACAGCUUCUUCAGGUUCCCUCCUCCCUGUCUCCUGUGCGAGGGGCUGGCAAGGCCCUGGUCUCACACUGGAGCUUUCCUCCAUCUCUCCCAUGGCUUACCAGACCAGCUCUUGCUCCGUCCUGCCCUGGGCCAGGUAGAAUUCCUUGGGAUGGCUGAGACCCAAGGAGUGGUGCUUUUUCCUCACAUGCUCUCACUUCCCCUUUGUCACAGAAGAAGCAGUGUUUAAACUCAAAUUGAAGAAUUUCUCCACAUGAUCCCACCAGCACUGAACUGGUAUCUCAGAGGCCAGGGGCUCCAGGACCUGCCCCAUAAAGCACAGACUUUUCUCUGCUUUGUCCAACCAUGAGGACUCAUGGACCAGCCCCAGCUCAGUUGCCUCUAUCCCUGAUACAACCAUUCCAGGUGGAGUGUGGGAAUUCCUCUGCAUCCUGAAGGGCACGACCAUCUCUAUUGGUUUAAUGGGGAUUUUUUGCCCUUUGAGGGGAGGAAACCCCUCGUGCUGCCUUGGUGGAGGGCAUGAUGGCAUGUGUGGGUGUGACACUGCCCAGGACAGUGACUGGUCCCUUGUGGUGGUGGCCAAGCCCUGCACAGCCCAGUACUGGGGUGAGAAGCCCCCCUGCCAUGGCUGGUCAGGAAGAGGGCCAAGUCCCAGCAGCUCUGGGCUGUGUGCCCCACGGGACUGGGAAGGGGCAACAGUAAUCCACCAGGCCAACAGAAAUGUGCAGGGCACCUCAGCCACCAGAGUAAUGCACAGAUGUGGGAGCUGGAGAACAUGUCACUCUCCAGGCUUGCAUUGGAGAGUGUUUCCCUGCUCAUUCCUCAGCUGAUGUAACCUUUGUGUGGCUAGAGGAUGGGGGUUGUGUGUCCGUAGCCAGGGGCUACCAUGUGCAUCAGUGUCUGCACUAAGAUCUGCCAGUGCCUGUCGUGAAACAUCUGGCUGCUUCCCACUGAGGUCAGACCUGCCUUGCCUCCCCGCACCACCUUCUCCCUGGGCAUAGGCUGGAAGUGCCUGCUUAGUUUCCCAAGGUUCAGUGGCCAGUCCUGGAGGAUGCUGAGCACCCACCUCACUGCAGCACUUCGAGGAAGGUGGAGGGGCUGGGUGCUGCAGCAUAGCAGCAAGUGUUGGGAGGCUGGGGGGGGGGUGUUUCUGUGAGGUGACGGGUGACUGAUCCUGUAGCUCUGUGUGUGUCUGUGCAUCUUAGUAUCUCUGUGGGUUGGUGUUUCCCCCACAAGAGAACAUUUCUUGGGUGUUGAUCUGGUUUAGCUACCUCAUGGUGCAAGCUGGGUGCUAUUGUCACUGGGUUUCAUUUUGGAGAUGGGGACAUUGUUUUUUUUAGUAGUUUCUUCUAAUUAUUGCUGUUGUGGUUCUGACACUUGAAUUCGUCCUGAGGACACGUGGCCUCCCCCCACCUCAAUGCAUGUCUGAGCCGCCCCUCGUGUCCCCUUCCUGUCUCCUCCUGGGCAGCACAGCAGAACCAGCACCCUGCUCCUUGCUCCCAGCUUCCACCUCUGCAGUGGCAUUCCCCAGCUGAGUCCCAGCACUGGGAUUUUCCCUCCAGUGCUGGGGGGAUGCCUGGACUGAGGUUCUGCCCAUAGUUACUGGGUUGAUCUCAGCCUUUAUUCCUGCCUCUGCUUUCAGAGAUGCUCUCUGUGGAUGCACUGAAGCCCUUCUUGUCUGGGAAAUGUCCAUGCAAAGCACAUGGCUGGAAUGGGCUGGUCCCCCAUUUUCCAGAGCCUGCCGUGGUUUGGUGCUAGCCUGGAGCAGCAGGGAGCUGGGGCUGUGGAAGCUUCGGCCUGGGGUGGAGGUCAGUGAGCGCAGCUGGUUCUCAUGUGAUGUUUGAUUCUGCACCCCCAAACCAUAGUUGAAUGUCAGUCCCAGACACUGAACAUAAAGUAGGGUAACUCUGGAGCCCUCAGAUUACCCCUUGCCCGGGGGAGUGCACCUACCCCCUGGGAAGGGAUUCACAGCUCUGAGCCACACUGUCAGUUUGGGGGGGCAGGUUCCCCCAAAUACUAAAGCACAAGGUCCCAACAUGCAGGUGGCUGAGCAAGAGUGGCCCCUGGGUCCUUCAUAGUUCAGGCAGGGGCCGUGGGUCUGGAAAACCAAGGUGGAAGUGAGGCCAGGGAUGCUGGGGAGGAGCAGGGUCCCGCUGUUGCACUGUGCUGAGCUGCUCCCUGGGCUCAGUUCUGCCCUUCUUGUGCUCUUGGAGCACAUGGUGCUCUGCUGCAGCACCAUGCACCUCAUUUUGCUUCACCCUUGGGUACCUUAGUUUUUGCCAAGGGUGUGAUAUCUGCAAUCCAGGGAGCUCUUUCUCAAAUCACUGGGUGAUGUUUUUGUCCCUGGCCCUGACUCUGGCUCCAAGGGUCUCCUCCCUCCAGCACACAGGGGCCAGCUCCAGCCUCUGCUGAGGGGGUCAUGGUGGCCCAGAGCUGAGCUUUGCACUCAAGGAUGGAGGUAACUCAGGAGCCCAAAAGUGCUGGGCCCCCAAACCACUGUGAGCCCCCCCAGGAACCUGGGCACUGACCCCUCCCUGGCACCCACAGCUCAGUGGCACAACAGGGUGGUCUGGCCAUGCACCUCCCAGUCUAGCUGGCUGUGAGGAGCUGGAGCACCAGUGUCCUGUCCCUCCCAGCACCAGGUCACUUGUUUCUCCCCAGCACCUCCAAGCACAGCUGCUCUGGUCUCUCAGAUGCUGCCUCCUGCCUUGGUGCUGCAGAACCAGUGUCUGCCCCCCAGGGUGCUCUCCCAGUGCCCCCAUCCCAGUCCUUCCCCUGUCCAGUGCUGGAUGGGGGCUGGGUAUGACCCCUGCACAGCAGUGGGCUUCCACCUGCUUUUCAGCAAGCUGCCUGGAGCUUUGCUCUGUCUUCAGGCUGCACACCCACCCUCCCUGAGCCCCCUUCACCCUCCUAGGGAGGGAAGGGGACCCCUGGCCUCUCCGCCUGCUGCAAGGUGCUCCAGCUGUAACAGGGAGGGAGCACAGCCCAGCCUUGACUCCCCAACAGAGCAAAGCCCUGGACGUUCCUGCAGCUCUGGUGGCUUCUCCCCUCAUCCAUAAUAGCUCUGCCCCUGGAGCCUGCCAGCUGUUCUGCAUCUGCAUGUCCUGGGACCACCCAGCACCCUCUAGUCCAGUGUCACCUCACCUGCUCUGUCACACCUUCCCACUGCACAAGUAUCACAAAUAGCAGGUGCCUUUUCUUGCUCAGAGCUGUUUUCUAGAGGCCAACUCUCGUCAAGGCUUUUUUUUUUUUUUUUCUCUGCUGGGUCUUGCAGCCCAGUCCAACAGACUGCGUUUCACAGAGGACAAGGUGUGUAUAUAUAUUUUAUACCUCGAUGUGUUCCUGUAAAUAGCGUAAGUUAUUUUGGUCUCAUGAUGUACACGUUUUUUUUCAGUGGCUGUGUUUGUUCCUUGCAUUUUUGUCUUCACAAAUAAAAU